UAGUAAUUCAAAGGAAAACUUUUAGUUUUGAAUACUGUAACUUUGAGUGCUAUCAGUUUCCCCAGAGUACCGGUACUCGGUGGUAUAAAAUAUUUGGCAGCCUGUCUAGGAGGCUGGUGAAGGAGAGGCAUCUCAUCUGACGAUCUGAUACAUUACAUUUACCUCAUUACAUUUGCCUCAUUAGGCAAGUUUAUAUAGUGUCUUCCAGCUGAGGAACAUAAUUCAGUUAACAAAUGUGAAGUAAAUAACAGUUAAAGACUGUUUUAGAGCAAAAAGGAAGCUUUAAUAGAAGUUCCUGCUAUGCACCUGCUAAUAGUAAUUUAAGGGUUUUUUUCUAGAAAUAUUUUCAGCAGCACAGUGCUGUGAUACAUUCUUAAUGCCUGCACUUUCAUGUUGUGAGUGUGACCGGCUGAAGUUAGGUGAAAGGUCCAUGUAGCCCUGGGUUCUGUCUGCUGACAGCAGCUGUGAGUCAGUGCCUGCAGAGAAGUGUUAAAACAGGGUAGAUAUCUGUGACACAUCCCCUUUUACUUUCUAAGCCUCCAGUUGCUGUCACCCUGGAGUAUUUUGGGUCAGGUGUGAGUUUUAGUAACCUUCACUGGAAAUCUUUUCACAAGCUUAUUCAGUCCCUGAGCCACUGUAAACUGGUUAGUACCCAAAACAUUCUUUCUCAUGGAAUUUCAGGCAUCCACUCCUUUUGUCUGGGAGGAGGGAAGUGAACAUUUGAUCUUCCAUGUCACUCACAAUUAUGCAAACUUCUGUCAUAUUCCCCCAUCAUUCUUUUUCAAACAGAAGAAUCCUAGCUUAUUGCAUUUUUCCUUGAGCAAUAGCUUUUCCAUAUUUUUGAUCAUUCUCAAUGUCCUUAAUAUUAAUAAUUUUGACUUCUAUCACAUUUCAUUUCACAGGGGAGGGAAUAGAACUGCUGGCAUUACUUGACAAUUAAAUGUCCUGUAGAUUUGAACAGUGAUGUAAAGUUGUGUCUGUUUUGUUCUCUGUUCCUUUUCUUAGUAAUUCCUAAGAGUUUGGUUUGCUUUAUUGGUCCUUACUAAGCCUUGAGCUGAUGUCUUCAUCAGACUAGCAACCAUCUUUUAAAAUCCUAAGUGACAGUAGAAACUUAAUACAAUUGGAGGUUGGAACUUCAUAUAAUUGGAGGUUGGGAUUUUUUUCCAUUAUUUGGGUCUAAUAAUAAUAUGCGUUAGUAGUUAAAAGACUAAUAAUAGUCCGCUAACAAUAUUUAUUUUUUUCAUGCCUGUCAGACUUGACAGCCUGUAGUUCCCUACAUCUCCCUAGAACUGCUUUUAAAAACUGGCAUUGUUAUUUCCCAGUCCCUGGGUAACCAAGGUAGGCUGGGAAAUGUUACUUCCGCCCAGGACUAUUUCAGCUAUUUCUUCAUCACGUUCCAUUGGAACUUGCGGGGUGAGGUCUAUCUGGUGCUGGUUGUUACUCAGUUUAAUUUGUUCCGUAACUUUACAAAUGUUUCAGUACCACAGUGCCAGAGCUCUAUAGGUGAAGCCUGUACACACCACAAAAGUGAGAAAGCAUUUUAGUUUUUCCCAAGCUUGCUGCAGAGAGUUUUCAGGCUCCAUUCUCUUGGUUAUAGGAAUUUUUCCACAUUUUCUAAACAUCCAUGCAACACGAACAGUUCCUGCUAUAGAGGAGGAGCAAAAUAAGGAAUUGGCAAUAGCCUAAGUAACCCUGAAGACUCAGAGGAACUGAAGCAAUACUAUCACACCUCUUAGUGGAAGGAAGCUGUCAUAAAGCAUGCAUAGCUUCUUUAGUCAUGUAAACCAAUGGUGCAGCUUGACAGUACCAGUAUUUUAGAAGGGAGCAGUGGUAUAGUUCUCUAAAUAAUUUGCCUUGAAAGUCUUUUUCAAUAAAAUGUUAAUUGAACCCGUUAUAUAAAAUGGGCCAGUUGAAACACAUCAGUGAGAUUGCUGGAAAUAAAUCUUCAGGGCAAAAGCUCUCAGCACUUGACCAGAUGAGAGCGAUUUUUUUAUUUAUUCUUUUUUUACUAUUCACAUCAUACAGCACUUCAAAAUUGCACCAAGCUAUGGACAAAGUGUAAUUGUUAUCAUCAGAAAGCAAAAGUCCCAGUUUGAGUUCAUUGUACAAGCAAUGGAUGCAGCAUUUUUAAAAUCAGUUUUGCUUGUGUUCAUAUCUGUGCAGAACAAUUCCAAUACAUGCAGAAUUACCUGUUAGUACUCUGUAGGAUGCAUGCUUUGUAGCUCAAGGUAAGUUUGGCUUUAACAGAAUCUGUGGAAGUUCAUUAUGAAGUAAAGUUUUGCUGAAUUAUUUUUACAAUGCAUGAACAGUUAAGCCUUGAACAGAAAUUUGAUCUUUCUGUCAGCUGCAUCUAUAGACUUUUAGUAUAUUAAAAGUUAACGUGCUUCAGAUUUUUGCAGUCUGUGUUUUUUCGACUUAAAAGUCACAGGGACUGGCUCCUGGCUGUCAGUUUUCAGGAAUUGUGUGAAUUCCCAUGUGCCACUGUAGUUAGGCUUUGGGAAGGAGCAGGCAGAGACCAUCGUGUCGGCACUAAUAACCCUGUCAAACGUCAGCUUGGACACCGUCUAUAAGGACAUGGUCACGCAGGCUCAGCAGGUGAAAAACAAUCUGUGGUGUGUAGCUGUAACAGCUCAUACUUGCAUCUUUAAAGCACAAGAAAUAACUUUACAGCAGAUAAUGGCACAUUUGGACUCCAUUCGAAAAGAUAUGGUCAUCCUGGAGAAAAGUGAAUUUGCAAACUUGAGAGCAGAGAAUGAGAAAAUGAAAAUUGAAUUAGAUCAAGUUAAACAGCAGCUAAUGAAUGAAACUGGUAAAAUCCGAGCUGACAGCAAGCUGGACAUAAACCUGGAGAGGAGCAGGGUGACAGAUAUGUUUACAGAUCAGGAGAGGAAACUGAUGGAAGCAACUACAGAAUUUCAUAAAAAAGAUUCAAGUACCAACAGUGUUAUCUCAGAAAUCAGUAAUAAAAUUGACACUGAAAUAGCUUCCUUAAAAACACUCAUGGAAUCGAAUAAACUUGAUACGAUACGUUAUCUGGCAGCUUCAGUGUUCACUUGCCUGGCAAUAGCACUGGGAUUUUACAGGUUCUGGAAGUAGAUCUGAAUGGAAUGACUGCAUCUAAUACAAACAGAGAAAAGGCCACCCAGGCCAACAGUAGUUUGAUGAUCGUUUCCACUGUAGAUAACCUUGGUACCUUUUUGAUUCGAUAUUCUUACUGUAUAAGAAAAAUGUAUUCUGAAUAUGUAACACUAAAGAUCAAAAUAAUUGGGGGGAAGUAGCCAAAUAGUAAUUUUGUUGUCUCUUGUUCAGUAAUGUAUUUAUUUCAGAAUAUUUCUUAUUCUAUACCACAAAGUGUUUCCUAAUAUUUUUUAUAAUUAAAUUUGGUUUUCCAACAUUCUCACUCUCAGCUCCUCUUAAAAUGGAAAUAUUAAACAUUUUAUAGGACAUUGAAAUGCGAAUACAAUUCUCAAAUUAGUGUUCCCAGUAUGGGAAUACUAAUACCAGAUUACAAUAUAUCUGCUCUGAUCCAAGUAUAUUAAUCUUAAACAUAGGUUCUGGAUUUUUGUCUUCAGUCUGUUCCUCACUUUUCUGAUGGAUUGAAGCCUGGCCCUUUGGGGUUUUUAUCUACAUACAUAAAAAUGCACUCCAAGGCCUUUAUUAAAGAACCCUUUUUUCUUGAAAACUGGUUUACAUAAAGUUAAAAUCUUAUGUACAACUAAAAUGUCUCCAUAGAUUUAUUUUCUUUAGUAUCUCUUGCAAUGUCUGUAACCCCAGAAGUCAGCAGAAGGGGGAACUUCUCUGUCUUUGUCUUUCCAAGGGGAAAUGCCACUACUCUGAGCAACCAUGUACAGCCCUGGGGCAGAUAAGUACUCUUAAUUUCCCCCUUUCAGGUAAUGCAGAGUAUUUCUAAUGAACCCAGACAUAUUUUCUGGGCAUAGUAACAUGGAAAUACUCAGCAUCUCAGUGGUGCCGGCGUGGUGGUGGUGGUAGUGGUGGUGGUGGUGGUGAUCCUCCUCCCAUCUCCACACUCCUUGGGACUGUUCUGUAAUCCUGACACACUAACUCUCCAAACCCAUCUACCUUCUGCAAGGACUUGAAAACUUCUGUUGCAGAGAUGCAACAUAGCAGGUGGAUGCCUUCAAAACUGAAGCAGUCACAUCUCAAGUACAAAUGCAUACGCUUGGUUUGAUUCUUGUAGUAAAAUAAUAAUUUUUAAAGAGUCCUUCUGGAUUAACUUCAAAAUAAGAAUAGGCCCUUUAUGGGCUAAGGACUAUGUAGUAGUGAGUAGUGGCAAUUUUUUUUAUUGCGGUUUUAUUCUGUUUACAGUUGAACUUGCUUUUAUUCUGCUAAUUCUUAUAUUCUAUGCAUUAAAUUAUUUAUUAUCUUCAUUCAAGAAAAUAAAAUUAAUUUCUUA